UCUUCCGGUUGCAAUUGCAGUAUCGCGCGGUGUAAUUGGUCUGAAACAGAGACAGAUGCAGAGCGAGACUGCAGAUGAAAGAUCCAGGAGUCGGUGCACACCAAAGAUCUUGGAGCGGUGCAUGCAAGAAACUGCAGCAACAAUGCAGUGCGAGUCCCUCUCGUUGCAGUCGCCCAUCACUGCCUUGCAAUUUGUGGGAGAUUUUAUCCUCUCAGGUGAAGGUGCCGGAGUCUCGCUCCACUUCUUGAACUCAACGAGCGGUCGCGGCGAGAAACGCAUUGGCGACGUGUUGAAGAACUACCGCGUCCACGGCAUCGAGACACGAGGCGGCAGCGACGGGUCGGAGCCCACCGUGCUGGCAGUGUACGGCGGGAAGGGAGUGGCCGUGAUCGAGCUGGACGCUGGGGGCGGGGAGCCGGAGCUGCGGCGGGUGGGACCGCUGUACGAGCUCCACGACUGGAUCUGGGACCUGCGGUGGCUGCGGUCUGACGAGCAGCCUGCCGGGCACUUGGCCCUGGCACUCGGGCACAACUCAGUGGUACUGUGUGACUACUGGGAACAGAGGAGCCUGCGGGAGGUCCACUGCGAGGAGAAGUGCAUCCUCUACUCUGCCCACUUUGUGGGAGGCUGCUGGGACGAGCUGGUGCUGGUGUCGGGCACCGUCUUCAACCAGCUGGUGCUGUGGCAGAUGGAUGGGCCACUGGACGGGCAGGGCAGGGUGCGGGCGGGCAGGAGGAUCAGUGGCCACAGCGGGGUCAUCUUCAGCAUCGACUACAGGCAGGAGAGUGGCGUGCUGGCCUCGGCCUCUGACGACAGGAGUGUGGGACUGUGGAGGGUCGGGGAUCUCGGCCGGGGAGCGGAGGGAGAGACGCAGUGCCUGCUGCGGAUGUACGGCCACCAGUCCAGGGUGUGGCGGGUGCGGCUGCUGGAGGACUUUGUGGUCAGCGCCGGCGAAGACUCUGCCUGUCUGCUGUGGACUUACAGCGGGGAGGUGGCGCGCAGCUUUCGGGGGCACCGAGGCAGCCUGAGAGCGCUGGCGGUCAGUGAAGACCAGCAAUGGGUGGCAACAGGAGGCGAGGACUCAGCCAUCAGGCUGUGGAAGAUCGGGGACGAGGAGCCAGAGGAUGUGACCAUAAUUCGACUGCAGUUGGGCGAUGCCGAGGGUGUGGGCAGCCCUAAGGCAUUGGCAUCGGUCGACCCGACCCUAGUGUUGGUCAUGACUGAUUCUGGCGGCGUCUACAGUUGCUGCCUGGUCUCUGGCAGGUGGAAGCUCCUGUUGGAAGACCAGGCCUACCGAUCCUACGGCCUGCUCUCCGCCGCCGCGCUGCCAAGUGGCUCGGUUCUCUGCGCCUUGGGUAAUAUCCAAGGCUGCCUCAAGAUCUUCCCAGUUUUCCGUCCGGAGCUGGCAGUGGAGCGGCGGGAGCACCGGGGGAAGGUGCAUAGUCUGAGCUGGGCCUCGCUGGACGGGCAAGGCCCGGACCAGUGCAACCUGUUCUCCUCUGGGCCCGAGGGGGAGAUGUUGUGGUGGGAGGUGAGCUGGGCCCAGGACAGGCUGAGCUGGGUGGGCAGAGGGCGUUUCGUCCUGCCCGCCUGCAAGCACCGGUGGCACACUUGUGCCGCCUUCGCGCCGGGCUUGCCCUACCUGGCGUGCGGCAACCGCCGGGGCUCGCUGCUGCUCUACUCGACCGACGAAGGCCCGGAGCCCGUCUCCGAGCUGCCGGGGCUGCACGGCAAGUCGGGGGUGACCUCGGUGCUGUUCCACGGCGGCUUGUUGCACAGCAGCGGGCGGGACGGCUUCUGCCGCCAACUGAGGGUGGAGGCUGGGCGGCUGGGCCUACUGCGGUGCCAGCGGGCCUGCGGCUGGGUGGAGCGCCUGCUGCCCUUGGAGCCCAGCGACCGCGACGGACCCCUCCUAGGCAUCGGGUUCCGAGCUGCCGACUUCGUGGCCUGGGGGCUGGAGUCGGAGCAGCGGCCCGUAUUACGAGUGCCCUGUGGCGGCGGGCACCGCUCCUGGUGCUUCAGCGGCUCAGUAUCCCCCGCCGGCCUCGGCCUCUUCGCCUACAUCAAGUCGGGCGGAGUGUACGCCUGCCAGUGGCGGGGGAGGAGGGAGGCCGGGGCGAUGGUGAAGGAGGGGGCGCACGGCCGGGACAUCACCAGCGUCAGGCUGCUGGGCAGGCUUGAGGCCUACACCAGCGUGCUGGCAACCGCCAGCGAGGACACCUCUGUCAACGUGCUGGCCCUCCACCAGGCCUCGGGCCGGCUGACCAAGCUGGCCGACAUCUCCGACCACCUCUCCAGCGUCAGGGCCAUGGCCGUGGUCAGAGGCCCAGGCCCCUCGGCCUUGCUCUUCACCGCCGGAGGCCGGGCCCAGCUACGGUGCAGCCGCCUGCUCUUCGGGCCCGAGGACACCAACAGCGGCCUGAGGUGCCGGGUGGAGCAGUUGGGAUCCCACAGGCUGUCUGAGGAUUGGGAGCGGAGGAAGAACCGGCACAGGAUGCUGAAGAUGGACCCAGAGACCAGGUACAUGUCCAUUGUGGUGGUGGACGGCGGGAUGGAUUCUGAAGGGAACCCUCACUCCUCAUGGCAUUACCUGGCGGCAGCUUGCAGUGACGGAGCCGUGAGACUCUUUAUCAUCGAUGAGAGUGAGAAGAAUAUCCUGCUGCUUGCCGAGUCCUUUUACCACCAGCGGUGUGUGCUGAAGCUGCAAACGUUCACACACCAGCCGGCCUCCGGAAGCCAGGUGGUGUUCCUGUGCAGCGCUGCCACAGAUGGAAGGAUUGCACUUUGGAACAUCUCGGGGAUAAUUGAGACGGCCAAAGCUGCAGAUAUUCGCCAGGAGAGAACUCGCCCACCUUUAGAGCUGGGAUCUCCCUGCCUGGUGUUUGUGGCCCAUCAGUGCGGCGUGAAUGGGCUGGACGUCAGGUCCCUGGACGAUGGACGAUUCCUCCUGGCCAGCGGUGGUGAUGACAACGCUGUCCGUAUCUGGGUGAUCUGCAUUACUCCACGGGCGGGGUCUGACAGCGCGCUGUCCCCCAGCUCGAGCGAACGGCAGGAGGAGGCGGGAAGCGGGAGCCGCGAGGAUCGAGGGGACGUGGCUGCCGAGGACUCGAGGGGCUGGAGUGAUCUGGGGGUGGUGGCCGACGGCUGGAGCUUGGACGGCGGACUUGCCCUGCGGGUGCUGAAGGGGCCCGGCGCGGAGAGCGCCCACGCAGCCCACGUGACCGGCCUGAGGUUCCUGGGCUCGCGGAUGCUGGUCUCUGCCUCCAUCGACCAGCGACUGAGCCAUUGGGCCCUGAGCAGCCGCUGCCUGACACUGAUACACAGCAGGUGGUGCCAGGUGGCUGAUAUCGCCGAGCUGGAGAGCUGGGAGGGGCACCCCGCGGGCACACACCUCUUCGCUCUCUGUGGUGACGGCCUGCAAGUCCUGAAGAGCUGGCAAACGGGAACUGACGGCCUGGCCCCAGAGACGGACAGCACAGACGCCAGAGGUCCGAGAUAAAAUGCAUAAUGCUUAACAUGCAGCAGGUCGGGCAGCAUCUGCGGGGAAGGGAACAGAGCUGACGAUUCUGAAUGCUACAACAAGGCUCUAGUGAUUUACCAGCGCCCUGAUUACCAAAAAAAAAUACUGCUGAUGCUGGACAUCAGAAAUAAUGACAGAAGAUGCUGGAAAGUCUCAGCAGGUCAGGCAGCUUGUGCUAAAUCCAUUACCGAUUUAACAGUUUGUGUGUAAUGUAUGCUGCUCUCAAUAUUCAGUGUGCGGUAUAUUGGGCCAAAUGUGGGCAAGUGGGAUUAGUUUGUUUGGGGUAUCUUAGACGAGUUGGGCAGUAGGGCCUGUUUAUAUGCUGUAUGAUUCUACCCAUUUAUCCAGUAGUCAACUAUUAAAGGAGGUGUGCUGGUUAGUUUAAAUCUCAAUUUGGUGACCUAUCACAUGGGUCCUCACUCCAUGCUGGUAGGUGUUCCUCACUAGCCUCUUCCCACCCCUUCAUCCUUGUCCCUAACAGAAUAGGCUGCACAUUGGCACAACGGUAGAGUUUGCUGUCUUGCAGAGCCAGAGAUCCGAGUUCGAUCCUGACUACGGGUGCUGUCUGUAUCGAGUUUGCACGUUGUCCCUGUGACCCUGUGGGUUUUCUCCGGAUGCUCUGCUUUCCUCUCGCAUCCCAGAUGUGCAGGUUUGUGGGUUAAUUGGCUUCUGUAAAUUGUCCCGAGUGUAUAGGAUAGAAAUAAUAUCACGGUUAUAGCUGAACUUGGUGGACUGAAGGGCCUAUUUCCAUGCUAUAACUCUAAACUAAACUAAACUAAUAUCCUCUAGCCCAUCCCCUUCCACUCGGCAGCUAUUGAACUGCCCAUUAAAUCACUUUCUUUGAUAUUUCCUCUCUACCUUUUGUGGUUUUAUUAUUGCAACUUCUUCCCAUUGUGACUGGAUUUAUUUUUCACCUUGUCUUUGUAGCCACUGCUUUGAUCCCUUGGUCAUAGACUCAUCAUCAUAGAACUGUACAGCAUGGAACUAGGUCCCAUGGCCCGCCUUGUCCAUGCUGAGCAAAUUGGCAUAUUGGACAAGACCCAUUUGCCUGUAUUUCAUCCAAAUCUCUCUAAACCCAAUCCAUAUUAUCUAUCCGAAUGUCUUAUAAAGUCACAAUUUUAUCUGCCUCUAAAACCUCCUCUGGCAGCUUCUUCCAGACAUGUACUACCCUAUGAGUGAAAAGGUUUCCCCCUGAGAUCCCUCUUAAAUAUCUUCCCCUCUUACCUUAAUCCUAUGCACUUUAGUUUUAGAAUCCUCUACCUUAGGAGAAAGACUGUGAGUUUUCACUUUAUCCAUAUCCCUCAUGAUCUCGUACACCUCAAGUCUGUAACAUCCUAGUGAAUCUCUUCCACACCAUUUCCAGCUUAAUGACUUUCUUCCUUUAGAUGAGUGACCAGAAUUGCAAACAAUAUAAUUGUGGUCUUCGUUUUAGUUCUUAGUUUUAGAGAUACAGCGUGGAAACAGGCCCUUUUAGCUCACCGAGUCCAUGCCGAGCAACGAUCACCAGUUCACACCAGUUCUAUCUUAUAUACCAGGGACAAUUCACAGAAGUCAAUUAACCUACAAACCGACAUGUCUUUGGGAUGUUACAGGAGCACCCAGAGAAAACCCACGCGGUCACAGGGAGAAAGUGCAAACUCCGUACAGACAGCGCCCAACGCUGUAAGGCAGCAACUCUACCGCUGCGCCAACAUGCCGCCAGCAUGGCACAGAAAUAGCCCAGUCUCUGCUCGUAUGCCAGGGCUGGGGCCAGUUAGCUAAGCCCAGUCUGGGUGAUGGUGCAGCACUUUUACAACAUUUGUUGGCUGUAAAGUACUUUAAAAACUUCAAGAAUUGCUCUGUUGGCAUUUUAACCCCGGGUUAUUUGCAGAAAACGGCAGGCGAUUUUUCAUUUGGAAAGUGAUUGAUUGGUUCCUCAACAUUACUUAACAGAUAGAUCUUUACACGUGGAAGGGCUCUUAUAAAAUAUUUAAUGUUGAAUGCUAUCAUGUCAACAAUUAAGAACUUUUGAGACAAUCACUAAAUUGCCCAGCCGCUGUAGGUCAUGAGUGGCACGGUGCUGCAGCGGUAGAGUUGCUGCCUUGCAGCGCUAGGGACCCGGGUUUGAUCCUGACUACAGGUGCUGUCUUUACAGAGUUAGUGCGCUCUCCCUGUAACCACGUGGGUUUUCUCCAGGUGCUCCGGUUUCCUCCCACAUUCCAAUGACGUGCGGGUUUGUAGGUUAAUUGGUUUCUGUAAAUUGUCCCUCCUGUAGAAUACUGUCAGUGUGUGGGGUGAUCGGUCGCAGGUCGGCGCGGACUCGGUGGGCCAAAGGGCCUGCUUCUGCAAUGUGUCUCUAAAAGCUAAAGUAAGGCCAAGUGCUGGCAAAUGUGGUCAAUAGGAAUUGGUUGGCAUAGAUGUGGUGAAUGGCCAGUCUCCCUUCUGAAUGACUAUGAAGAUGUGUAAAUGACUCCUUGUGCAAGAAAUUAUUACUACUGCUAUUUGCACUUCAAGUGGUUUUUAUAUGGAAAAUAAGGAAACAUUGUGCCUUCAAAUAAUCAACACAUACACAUGGUACAAAUUGUUAGAGAUGCAGGAAAAUGUAUUAAUAUUUUACUGUUUGCCAGGUGGGCUUUCUGUCUGGAGUGUCAUGAAUGUUUAAUGCCAUCCUGCUCGUCAAUAUUGUAGCCAGCUCCUGCUCCAGCUCUGAAUGACAGCUGUUCACUCCGCACCUGACUGCCUCUGUCCGUGCAGCCUGGUGACUCAGUAUUAUGACCCUGUUGUGCAGGUAAACCUAGGAGACAAUUGCAAGGGCUGCAAACAGGACGAUGGUAAUCGUCGCGAUCGCAUGGGACGUGAUGUCGACUGUGAGCAAGAAAUAAAAUGUCGAGGGUCCGCUGGUGAUUUUGAAGAAAAGAAUGCAAUUUCCCUGACUAGGCAGGAAAUUACCACAGGAAGAAAUGGAUCGAUGUUACCCACAAAAACUGGAGAGAGGCGUCUUGCCUUCCAUUGAUAAAAACAAAGCUACUGAUUUCGAUCCAGUCCCUUGGAAGAAACAACCGGUGAAACCACCUCCACGAUCAGCACCGUGUAAAAAGGUGGGCAGAGGGGACAUCACACCGUGGGUGGGGGAUUCGCCCCUGGACUCUCGGUUUGAUGCCAUUCCACAGUCACUGGAACUGCACCACACUCACGCUGGGUCUCGCUGCUGUCUGCUCUGCAGCGAUUCCAUUGAUCCCAAGGAAGAGAGCAACAUUGGUGGAAGUGGGCAGGUAGGAAUGGGAAGCAGUGGUCCCAAGGAGGUCGAGGCACGGCUGACUCAGAGAAGUGGGAGGGAAGACCAGAGUCGCAGGAAGCCCUUCGGCAAAGUGCGGGCAGGCGGGAAGCUGCCUCCGGUCCAGAGCAUCUCCAACCUCAACUUCAGCCGCAACUUCACCUUCUCUUUCUACCAGCUGCCUCCGCACCAACUGCAGCGUUACCAAGCUCGCAGCACCCACGUGAGAUGAAGUAUCUUCUCCACCGGUCCUACAUGCUGAACUGCAGCAAAGGAGUUCUGCUACAGCUACAAGGAAACAAGAUGCAAUGAUCAAUGAAUAACCAUCCACCCUUAAAUGAACAGACCCAAGAGGAAGGUAGUUGAAUGGGGUUUCCUGUGCUGCUUGAUCAGAAUUUCCAUCCACACGGUAAACAUUCUCUCCAUCACCAACACGGCUUGGUUGAACCAUCUAUAAAAUGCCUCACCCACAUUACUCUCACAGCAGUUGCCAAACCCAUGGCUUUUACCAUCAAGGACAAGGCUGGCAGGUGAUUGGGAAUUGCCACCUACUGGUUCCCCUCCAAGAUGAACACAAUCUUGAUUUGGAAAUAAGUUACUCUUCCCUGUGAUCUGAAAUGUCACAUCCAUGUCCUCCAGAGAUGCUGCUUGACUCGCUGAAUUACUCCAGCACUUUGUGUUCUACGCAGGAUUUUAGCUUCAGCAGCUCCUCGUGUCUCUCUGUUCCAUCAUCAUUGGGUUUAAGUCUUGGAAUCCUUUACCAAAAAACACUGUUGGUGAAAUGUUGUAGUUUGGGACAAUUUGUGUCUUGCCACUGUUGACCAUGCCCUGAAAACUGUAAUUAAGAUGUGAUAUAUAGUAAAGAGGGCAGAUCUCUGGUGGCUGUGGUUUAAAAUUCAAUUCUGAGACUUGAACACACAGCAUUCGCUCAUAAGUGUAGUACUAAAUGAGCACUAUUUAUAGAUGAAAUGUUCAACUGAUUUUCCAUCCUCUUUCUUGAAUGAACACCAAGGAGUGUCCUGGUACCUUGCUUAUAUUUAAUCCUUAUGCAUUAUUUUAGAAUUAAAUGCAAGUCAUGAAACCAGGGUGAACUGAGUGGUGUCCAUUCAAGAAAGAGAAUGAGUAAUCAUCAUCUGGUCUUGUUGUGAUGCAGUUUGUGGGAGAAUAGCUGUUCACAAAUUCGAUGCCAUGAUUUCUACAUUAUUAGCUAUCCCUAUCUUUCCAAAGCAUUUAAUGUAAUAAAAAUGAACUGCAGAUGCUAAUGUAUACCAAAGAUAAGACACAGAAUGCUAGAGUCACUCAGUGGAUCAGGCAGCAUCUCUGGAGAUGUUUUGGGUGAGGACCUUUCUUCAGUCUGAAGAAGGGUUCCGACCCGAAAAGUCACAUUCCUUUCCUCCAGAGAUGCUGCCUGAUCCGCUGAGUUACUCCAGCAUUUUGUGUCUACUUUUCCAAAGCACUUCAAUCGGCAGAAAAGUGUUUUGUGACACCCAAGGCUGUGAAAGCUGUCAUGGGAACAAAUGUGCAAAUCUUUUUCCUGCUUGCCUGAAACCGAAGCAUAAAUUUUAAAGGCAUUUAAUGUGGCACUAAAAUAUUAAAGCCCUUACCCCAGGUAACAUUCAAUGACUUGUCUUGUUUAAAGCAAAAAGUAAUAGGAUAGCUUCAUUCAUAUUUCAAAGAAUUGUAGGUGAAUUGACUAAAGCAGUGUACCAUCAUGUACCGAACCCAAAUACCACCAACCCUGGUCGUGUGGCAAAUAAAGAUUCUAUCUUGUAGAAAGAUUGUUGAAUGGUUUGCAGUAACAUUUCAUUUUAAUUAAAAAUGUCCUAA